AUGACCAGCGAGACUGCCAAUAACGACCCAACAAUGGCUGCAAAUGCCACUGCCGCAAAAUCACAAGGAAAGGGGAAAAUGAUGUUGACCAAUGAAGACAUUGAAUUUCUCCUCAGAGACAUUGAGGAAAAGGAGCUGUAUCCAUUUUUCAUGCGCCCCAAAAUUCAACUUUGGGACAAAAACGAGUUCUACGGCAAGGCAGGAGGUGAAAGGAGAGAGUCUUUCAGCCGCUUCCUCACCAGCAAGAUCAGAAGAAAGGGUUUUGGUUGGAAAGAAUACGUUGAUUUGCUGGAUGCACGGGAAGUUGACAACGGAACUUCAAGCCAAGGGAGGGCCAAACGAUGCCAUGGUGAACGACGCUUGUGCUGUUGCGUUUGCUGUGCUUGA